CAAGACGAGAAUCACUAUAGUACUGUUAUCACGAAUAAUGAAUAAAUAAUUAAUGUUCAUGUCGGUAAUGGACUACCGAAUGCCGAACGUUGAAUAACAGGUGAAAGUAAGACGUAACUGCGCGAGUACCAAAGUGUAAUCUCUGCUGUAUUCUGUGUUGCCGGGGACCGACACGGUUAACGGCGAUCAAUCGUCGGACGUACGGACUGCGGAAACGAUGUGAUACGGUUACCGGAUUACGUGUCAUUACUUUGCGGAAUUAAAAAUACCUCUCGUUCGCACGUCGUUCGCGUGUGCAGACUAACGGCGAUUCGAUCUUAGCGUUUCGGCCCCAGACAUGACCACCAAGCGCAGCACUCGGUCGGGGUCGAUCGAGUCGAACUACAUACCGACGGGUUUGGCCAUGAGAUCCGAGACCAAAGGCACGCUGUUGGUCAGGGAACCGACGACCGUGUCCAGCAUAUUCUUGACGGUGUUGCUGUUCGCGUGCAGAAAAUAUCUGUUUUUAUCGACGCACAAACGGCUGUUUGUGUAUUUGGUCUUGCUGGUCGCUUCCGUCGUCGGCGACUUCAUCAAGUUCCCGAAAAUCUACUUCGCCAGCAGCGACACGUUUCUCAACCAGUAUCUGGUCAAGUUGGGCUGGUUCUGGACCUUGCUGUGGACGCUUUCGUUUCUGAUAACGACCAGCAAGGUAUUUUGCCUCAACUCUCGAUCCAGCAUUACCGCGCACGCCAGUCGCCUGGUCGUUGCCACGUUUUUCUGGUACUUUUGGACGAACGCUUUCAACCGGCUCGAAGACUAUUAUGGCAAGUGUUCUGGAGGCAAAGGACUGGGCCGAUCAUCGUGCAAGUCUGCUGGCCACCAGUGGAAAUCGUUUGACAUAUCCGGUCACGUAUUCAUACUCAUAUAUAGUACAUUGGUGAUGAUAAGUGAAGCGAGGCCAAUCAUUGGCUGGGAUAAAAUUCAAGACGUGUUGAGAAAUGAAGAGAACGCACGCAAAGAAGGCAAAAGUGUAGCUACCACAUUUAGCAAUCUGAAGGAAGAGGAAUUGCAAGAGAUGAAAACUGUCUACAAGCAGAUGACUCCUUGUGUACAAAUUUUAUUCUUAGUAAUCACAAUUUUUGUGGCUGUUUGGGAGUUAAUGCUUAUCACAACGAUGAUGUAUUUCCACACGAUGCCCGAAAAACUAUUGGCAGGUAUUGUGGCAAUGUCGACUUGGUUUGUAACGUACAGAGCCUGGUACAGCUCGUCAUUUUUGCCCCCUCUGCCUGGUGACGGAUUCUUUAAAAAUCAAGCACUUCAAAAGAGUGAAAUAGAUUAUGGUUUAAUUAUGUAAUCAGAAAAAAGAUUUACCAGCUACAUUAAAUUAUAAGAGAACUAUAUAAUGCAUAAAUUCACCGAAGAAUAAAAAGUUAGCCAAUCAACAGAAUUCUAUGACAAUCCUAAGUAAGAUAUCAAGUUAUAUUUUUUAAUAACUAUUUUGAUACGAGUACUUAGAUUAGAAGUUAGCUUUAUCAGGUUAUGAUUGAGUUAGAUGUUUCACCCAGAACAUAAAUAUUUAAGUAAAUACACAAUAAAAACUACGUAAUUGAUGUCUUUUAAGAAUUUUAUUAGUUCAGCAAACAUAUAUAUAAGUUGAAAUUAUAUCUAAAUAUGAUAUUUAUAUUAUGUAGUUAUAUAAUAAUUGGGGAUAAUUGAGUUGUCUGUUAUAUUUAAAUCAUAGAGUAAAAGAAUGUAAAAAAUGAAUUAUAAUAAAAAAAAAGUUUCAUUUGCUUGUAC